UUCAAAAAAGUGACUCUUCUGAAACAUACAGAUCGGCAGCACGCAAAGACCAUGAAAAGUGUGCAGAAUGUUUUAUUUAACCCUUAAUUCUUGCAGAAAAAUAUGUCCCCCCUGGUAUCCUGCAUGCUGUGAGUGAGACAGCUUUAAUGAAGAACAAAGGACUCCUUCCCUGAACCACAGCGGCCAUCGACAGACGUCACUUUCUUGGUGUAGCUGACAUCUCCUCCGCGUUGGGCGAGCUGUGACAUGCCGGUGUUGCCACACUUAGACAAUGAGAGAUGGAGCAUCUUCUGGACCCCCAGUGGGAGGGAACCAGCCCAGAGGAACCAGCCUCUCCCACUCCACAUAUCGCAGGCAACAGACUCAUCCUCGACGUUUACCUGGACGGAUGUGAGAGGUUCCUGCAGGUGACAGACAGUCGGACAGGUGACCUGGUGGAGGUGGAAUUUCUCAGACUUAGCAGCAAUGAUGCAAUGAUAACAUCAGUGGUGGCUGAUCUGCCACGGUUCAGCCAUCUCAGAUCACUGGUGUUGAAAGGUGGACAUCUACGGGACGAUUACGGGCGCUGUCAGAAUGGUUUGUUGACCACUUUACCGCAAGAUAUCAGUAAGCUUUCCUUACUGCGUCACCUGGAUCUUAGCUUCAACAACUUUUUGGAGCUGCCAUCUUGCAUCACUGCCCUUUCUUUACUUACCACUCUCCAUCUUGGGUACAACCAUCUCAAGGCACUUCCUGAUGAGAUAUGUGAACUGAAAUUCUUGACGGACCUCUUACUUAUGUCUAACCAACUGGAAGAGCUCCCUGCAGGCAUUGGGCAGCUAAAAAAUCUGGUAAAAAUGGACCUGUCUGAGAACAAGCUGGCGUCUCUACCAGAGGAGAUUGGAAACCUGCAGCAAUGUGCCGAUCUAUAUCUGUCCGAGAACAUCCUUGCUAAUCUUCCUGAAACAGUGUGUAACAUGAUGUCUCUCCAGCAGCUUUACCUUCACAACAAUGUACUUGUGGCAGUACCAGCAGGACUGGCCAGCCUGCCUCACCUCACCCGCCUGGACUUACAGAACAACAGGUUACGCACCGUCCCUACAGAAAUCAUGCAUUGCUCUUGUGUAUAUCUCCAAGGGAACCCCAUAGGUGAACUGGAGCCGUCACCUCUUUCUGAAGAUGAAAGUCAAAGCUUGGACUUAAAAGAGAUUUAUGUGAAACCAGAAGACAAGAGUUUUUGUGUCACACCGGAUGGAUGCUGGGUGUUCCUCCCACACGGCUUUCACCUUCGUUUUCCUCCCAGAGCUGUUUCGUGCACCAUAAGAAUAUAUUAUCAAAUACUCUUACCAGACCAGCAGCACGUGAGACUCGGACACCAUGAUGUGCUGCUGAGUAGCACCCUGGAGCUACAGCCUCAUGGUAUACAGUUCCAUCAGGAUGUGGAAAUCAAUAUCCCAUUUGCCUUCCUGAAGCCUGUGCCGAAACGUGAGGUGGUAAUCAGAACUUUUACUGACGGUUCUGGAACAUGGACGGACCUGAGCACUACAAUAAAGGAGAGGUCACUGCAUGAGAUGCUGGCCUCUUGUAAGACUGCCCACUUCUCUUGGUUCCUUGUGGUCUCACGUUUAGCAGAAGAUCGCUGUGAGGUUCCAAAGGAGGGCGAGCUCCUGUUCUCCAGUGUGGAUCAAAACAUACGGGUUGAGUUUCCCCCAGGUGCAACUGCAGAGACUCGAACAGUUUGCAUGCAGGUGUUGCCGGUCUCCAAGAAAAUGCUGGAGCGGAUCACUGGAGACUCAGAGUCCUCCACUAGUCCCUUGUUAUGUCUUUCACAAAGUUCAGCAGCCAACUUUUUGAAUCCUGUUAAGAUCCAGUUACCCCUCCCAGCAGGUGUGACAGGUGACACCUUGGAUCAUUCCCGUCUGUACCUUUUGCAUGGCGACCCACGGGCACAGACCUGGACUGACAUAACCAACCAGGUUGUGCUCCAGAUCACUCAUAUUUAUGCCCACUUCCAGGUCGAUCAUUUCUCGUGGUACUGGCUAUGGUAUACCACAAAGUCCUAUGUGGGGGAGCUGGCCAAGAAUGUAUACAAGCGGCUGCGCAUGUACCAGGUCAACUUUGUUGCUUUGCAGAGAAAACGGGAUCCGGAGCAAGUGCUGCUGCAGUGUGUCCCUAAGCACAAGGUGGAGUCAACAGUUAAAAGACUGCAGGACAGAUACAAGGGCCCGGAGCCAUCUGACCUGGUUGAACUUGUGGAAGGAGAACAGUUCUUUGCAACAUUUGAACAAGGUCUAAAGUUGUAUUCAGAGCGUCCCGAUUGUGUGAACGGCAGAAUUUGCUUUAUCUUCUACUCACGCAUGAAAAACAUGAAGGAGGUGUAUGUUACAUCGUCGGCUGAUAGGAUAGAGAAAGAUGUGAAAGGACAGGUUUCUUUCUACCGUGGAUCGGUCCCCGAAGGUCUUCCUGAAGAAGUGACUAAACACAGGAAGGGCUCCCGAUCUGAUUGGAUGGCAACACUGCCUAUCAAACUGCCUAGAACAAAAUGCCCAAAUGGAGAACCUGAUAAGCCAAGGAGCAAUCAUUCACUGCCCCCCUUAAAUAUAGGCAAUCCUGAGAUGGGCUAUCUGACAGAAACAAACCUUCUCAGCAUCGCCAGUCAGAUUGGCUCAGAUUGGAUGAACAUUGGUAUUAACCUGGGACUCCCAUAUCAGGAGCUAGAACGUAUUCGUUUUAAGAACAGCAAAGACUUGAAUCAGCUGAUCCUGGAUAUGAUCUUUUUAUGGGCCCAGAAGAACUCUGAGCAGCCGGACUGUGUACAGAAGUUAGUGCAGGCCAUGCGGACUAGUAAAAGAAACGACAUCGCCGAUGAAAUAGAAGACGUGAUCGCACUGGGAAGGGAAAAAUACACAAGGUCCAUCCGAAGAGUUGGUCUGGACCGAGGCAACAGCAGCGAAGACUCUGCCAUUGCAAUGAGUCAGUCAUGAAGACAGCUGGAAGCUGAAGCACUGCCUCAAACCUCACAAAGCAGACCAAAUAGUGGAAGUAUUGCCUUUCGUAGGAAUAAUGUGAGCCACGAGGAUCUCAUAUUGAGGUUCUGCCGCCAUGCUGGAGUCAGGUAUGAGUGGUGUCCCUCUGUCAUCUCAGUUACGUGGUGUUUGUCCCGGAGAUACUAUCUGCUUGGAGAUAAUGUACGGAGCCAUCUCGGACAAAUAUCAGACAUGUGUUGGUCCUACCUCUGGAAACGUCGUCCCAUGGCUGCUGUGAAUGGAGAGGUGGCCAUGCAUGGGCGGCUGUCGCCAGUCACUUCUAUGGUAGUUCGAAAAAUAGACAAGCGCGUUUACUUAGCUACUUUCGGAAUUAUCACAGAAGUGAAUAGAAUAGCUCUGAUGUGAUUUGGAUCUAACCAAUGUUACAGCACUUUAACAGAAUUGAAAACUCGACAGGCAGUAUUGUCAUGGGGAAGCUGGAACAUAUUUGAUGCAGUGUUUAGGCCUGCAACUUCAAUCAAAGAUAUCUGCACAUAGGUAGAAUACUUGUCAUGUGAAUUACGGGGCGAUUUCAGAACACUUUUCUCCAUUUCCGUUAAGUUUUAAGACGAAAUGUAUUCUCUGGAGUCACUGU